AUGGCAGCCGCCGUUCCAGAACGAACGGUGCGUGCCGUCGUUCUGCCGUGCGGAGCAAAGGGCACCUUCAAAGGAGAAGUGUACGAACACACCGCUCGGGUCCAAGCGGACGACGGUCGUUCGACACCGGGCUUCUUCUUUUGGAUCUUUCGCUGGAUGGUGGACUUUCUCGGAGGGACACCUAGCCACAACUUUGCUGGAAGGAGUCGGGAUGCCAUCGUCGGUCGGGCGGCGGCCGUGUUGGCGGACGGUUUGUCGUCGUCCGAGACCGAGCAGGACGACGAGCAGGAGAAGGACGAGCAGGAGGACUCGCAGGAGGCAGUUCUGCCGUCUGCGGAGGAUCACGUCAGCAAGAGCAGUACGAUGACGAAGCACGAGCGGAUCCACAAGAGAAAGGCCAAGAGCAAGCAGGUCAAAGAGGAGCCGGCCGAGCCGGGCGUGGUGAAAGAGGAGCCGGACGGGGAGGGCGAUAGGCCAGAGGAGGAUGAUGAGGAGGACGACGACGAGCUAGUGCGAAAGGGCGACUUCUGCCUUUCGUCCUUCGCUUGCAUAUGCUGGUUGGCUCAGCUGAUGGCCAAAGGCCCCAGAGCCAAUUCCAAAUGGAAUUUGGAACCCGCCGAAGUUCGUUCCCGUGCCGAGGCACUGCUGGAAGGAAUGCGGGAUUCGUUUUGGCAGGACGUUCGAGGUCGUUCGAUUGAGGUUGUGCAAGGCCAGCUGGCCGUCGACAAACUCGCGACGGAGUUCGGUCAGGUCGCCGGGAAAAUUUUUGGGAAAAAAAAAGUUGUGCCAGUCGUUGAGGCCUUGCGGGUUUUGCAGGCCGACAGCGUGCGACGUUCGCUGAGCCAGGACCGUCGACGGCUGGCCGAAAAGAUCUUCAGCCGUUUGGUGGCGAGACUUGCCGAGGCCAUCGAUGCUUCGAAAGGCAAGACUGUCUGGAUGGCCAACCGUGUUGAGACAGCUCGCGGCUACCGGAAGGUCUCGCACGGCUGUCAAGAGGCCGUUCUGCAGGCAGGGUCGGCAGCCGGGCCGUCCAUUGCAGCUGCUCUACAGUCUCAGAAACACUUGACGUCGUCCGUCGAGGAGAAGACUACCCGGAACCGGGACAAGCCAGGCAAGUUUUUGGAGUCAGAGCGACUCUCGUACUGCAGCAGCGGACAGUCGACGUUCUCGUCGACUACCGUCCUCAGCGUGGUCGCGGAUGCCGUUCACGUCGGCGACGACGACUGGUUGAACGUCUUCGUGUGCGAUCCUGGCUGCGACGUGUCGUUCUUUUGCCCGCCACAGGCUGGUUUGUUUUGGGCGGUUUCAACUUCAGUGAAGAAGGGAACCUGCCUCACGGCCGAGAACUUCGUGGACAUGUGGCAGGGCCGCAUCACGAAAUUUUUCCAAAAGGCCGGCACCAAAGGUCGUUCGGCAGGCAAGAGCACAGGCGGAGUUCGGGAACCGGAGCGACAGGCCACUCAGGAGUGGCUGCGGGACGUUUCGCACAGCCUCUCGGCCGUCGGCUGGAGUUGGUCCUCGUGUGGUCCCUCGGCCGACAGUGCCAAGAGGCCCAACGUGAUCGUGCUCUGCACCGAUCAGGAAGCGACACAGUUGGCGGCCGUGAACUAUCUCAAGUUUGGUCGCUCGCUGUUCGUGGAGUUCGUCAACGACCCCGCCCACAGGAGCCAUAACGACGUUCAUCUCGCUAUGGCGUCGGCGGGACUGUUGACAUUCGCCCUCGUCUCGCUCGGCCUCUACAACGUUCGGUACGGGCCGUGGAACAAAGGAACCUGGUUCGGCAAGGUCCAGAGCAUGGCCGACGAAAUGAGCCUUUCCAUGUCGCCCUCCGACCCGCUCCUUUUGACGUUCUUCCCGGACAUCCUGGCCGAUGAGGGUCGUUCGCAGGAGGAGAACACGGAGGAGAAUCGGCGGCUUUUUUUGGAGGGCCUGCCGAACAGGUCGUUCGUUCGGUCCAAGGGAAGCAAGGCCUCGCACUCUCGCUUCAACAGCUUGUCCAUCGCCCAUUCGGAAUUGGACAGGGACUGGUCGUCGUUCUGUUUGGUUUUGGCCGCUCUGUGCAUCGCCGAAGGCUGGACGACGAGUGCCUCGGCACUCUGGGCUCCCGGAGCCGGCAAGGUGCAGGAGGCCAGCAGUGGAAGCAGGUCAGCUGCGAAGGCGGCCGCUCGCAAAACGAUGCAGCAACAGCGAAGCAGUUCGGUGAACACACUACACGGCAUGACGUCCUUCGCAUGCAGCCCUGACAACCGAUCGCUGGCGAGAACGAUUUUUUUCGUGCUGCAACCCGAAGGCGUUCGCUGCAGCAAAAUGCUCGAGGAGCUCAGGUCUUUCGAUGCAACCGUGUCCACGUAUGCCGCUUGGGCCCACUGGGGCUACGUGGAGACCGCUCGAGAGCACUUGGUUCGUCUCUCGGACCUGGCUGCCUUGCAGCGACUGGGCUUGAACAUGGCCAUGGACCAUGACGACGAUUGCGACGAAGCCGCCCUCGUCUACCAGGACACUCUGGCUCGACGGGUCGUGAAGCUCACCGUUCGCCUGCUUCGCUUCCGGUGCGGCUCACAGCUGCCGAGCACGAAUGGUUGGGGUGCUACCGCUGGGCUCCUCCACGACAGCACGGCCUCUCGCCAGGCCAGUCUCCAGUUUUUGAAGGCGGUGGACGUGACUGUGAAGGCCGUACAGGAGACCGGGUCUCUCGAUGCCAAGACAAUGCUCGAGGGCCAUCCGGCCACAGGGCCUGUCAUGGGCAUGGUGUUGGCCGAGCUGCGUGCGGCGUCCUUCGUCGAGGUCCCGCCUGGGACGUUCGACUUUCUGCGGCGUUGCUGGGGCGGCCUCUUGAAUUCGAAGUUGGUCGAAGAUGCCAACAAAGUGCAGCGUGAGGCAGAACAGAGAAACGGGACUGCCAAGACUCUCGGCCGCCUGGAAGGGUGGCAUGGCCUCUCGAGGAAGAGGCUCUUCAAGGAUUACGGCCGUUCGGAAGUGCCCAACGGCACCCUGGUCACCCUUCCCACAUCGUUCGAUGCCGAUGCCUGGUUCGUUCGCAAAAAGAGGCGAACGACAAGCGGGUCAAUCGCCACUGGGUCUGCCAGCAGCUCGCAGCCCGCCGUGGCGGAGGAGACUGCAGAGGAGGCCGUUUGCACAGGGGUCAGCCAGGUUGUAUUUGGGCGUCCCACACUCCCGACUCUGAGCAGGACAAGCUCGCUGGCUUCUCGUUGUUGGCGAAGGUGGUUCGGGAGUCGAAGGACUGGUCCUUCGUCGAGAAAGGAUGGUGGUCUUCUCUGGUCCCAGAGGGGCACGGCCUCGCGUACAAGCGAGCGGCCUUGGUGUGGCCGGCCACUUUGGACAAGGGUCCUUCGGGCGUUGAGAGACUCGUGCUCGACACAACUGCGGCCUCUCUGUGCUGGGUGCACGUGUUCGACGAGAACGUCGAGGUUCUCGAUCUCGUGGCCACGUCGCCACAGCGUGUCCUGGCUGCGUCUUUUUAAGGGUAUUGUUAUUGUUUCGAUAGCUAAUUUAUAUCUACUUGAAAAAUGUUUGUUCCUAAGGGUCCUGGUCUAA